AUGUUUCAGUAGGUGGCGGUAAUGCAACAUUUUGGUUUCCAUCCGCCAUAAAAACCACAAAAGAAGAAGAAGAAGAUAAAAACAGGAAAUUCUUAGAAAAGAAAAGUUCGAGACGUUUUCAAGGCAAAGAUGGCUUGCUUUGAUAGCAAUAAGGGCAGUUUGGAGGAGGACAGCUAUGAAGGAGCUGUCGGUGGAGAGCUAUCUAGCUGUGCAUUGGCAAUGCUGGAAAAGGAACGGGAAUCCCUACUCAGCCCUUCAGAGAGCCCUGGCACGUUCAUCAGCAGCACCUCCACUAGUCUUCAGCCUGCUGUCCCCAUCCAGGGCUAUGAUGUGGAGUUUGACCCACCCCUAGAAAGUAAAUAUGAGUGCCCUAUCUGCCUCAUGGCUCUGAGGAAUGCCAUUCAAACACCCUGUGGUCACCGUUUCUGCAAGAACUGCAUUGAGAAGUCCAUUCGUGAUACAGGGCAAAAGUGCCCGGUGGACAAUGAAAUGCUGUCAGAAGACCAGUUGUUUCCGGAUAACUUUGCCAAACGAGAGAUUCUGUCACUAACUGUUCGCUGUCCAAACCGUGGCUGUGCUGAGAAAAUGGAGCUCCGACAUUUAGAGAAUCAUUUGGCACAUUGUCAGUUUGCCACUGCACCUUGCCCACAAUGCCAACAGUCUGUGAGAAAGAGCCACCUAGAGGAGCACAUAACUGUUGAGUGCCAAAGGAGACCUGUGUCAUGUCCAGAUUGUGUGGCACGCUUUGUUUAUGAAGAGAAAGAGCUUCAUGAACAGCAGUGUCCCUUUGCCAAUGUAAAGUGCCUGUACUGUGAGAUGGAUCUCAUCAGAGACCAGAUGGAAUCUCAUUGUGAUACAGAUUGCCCAAAAGCACCCAUCGCCUGUAACUUUAGUACCUUUGGAUGUAAGGAAAGGAUGCAGCGCCACGACCUGGCUCAGCACAUGCAGGAGUUCACACAGAUGCAUAUGCGCUACUUAGCCGAGUUCCUGCGUGGCCUUAGCCUCAAUGGCACCGCACCCAAAUCUCUGUGGACUUUGGGGCCUUCUGUUUCCUCUGAGGAUCAAGGAGCUGCAGCAUCAGUAUCACCCUGUAGUGGACCCAGAGGAGCUGUAAGCUGCACCAGCAACUGUGCCCCAUGUCAGCCUACCGCAGAGAUGCAGAGGCUCAGGGAGAUGGAUGGACGACUGGUAAAGCAGGAUCACCAGCUGCGUGAGCUCAUUAUCUUAAAAGACACACAGGCUGGCCAGCUUGCAGAGCUCAGGCGUAGAGUGUCAAUACUGGAGGAGACAGUGAAGGAGCUGGAGGCCCAGCAGUGUCACGGUAUCUUCAUCUGGCGCCUCAAAGGUUUCUCUGUCCACCUACGGAACCAAGAAGCAGGCCACCCAGUGGUUGAGCACAGCCCCGGCUUCUACACUGGUCGUCCAGGCUACAAGCUGUGUCUGCGCCUCCACCUGCAGACCCCUAGUGCCCCGCGCUGCUCCAACUAUAUCUCCCUCUUUGUUCACACCAUGCAAGGAGUUUUUGAUGGGCAGCUGACAUGGCCCUUCCAGGGCACCAUUCGCCUUGCCAUUCUAGACCAGGGCCCUGAGGGUCAGCACCACAUCGAGGUCAUGGAGACUAAACCAGACCUGCAAGCCUUCCAGAAACCCACGAUCCAGCGCAACCCGAAAGGAUUCGGCUACGUCACCUUUCUGCACCUGCAACAGCUGAGUCAGAGAGCUUUUGUUAAAGAUGAUACUAUGCUUAUACGCUGUGAGGUGACACCACGUUUUGACAAUAUGCUUCACCGUGAGGGACCAACAGUGCAGCCUAGAGGACCAGAGGCCUCAGUUUCGAGGGACUAAGGUCAAACUCAUAUCUAUGGGAUCGUGAACAUGCCGAGGUGUCAGUACGUCUCAGUGUUUAAAUACUGCUUAGUUAAUUUUAGUUGAUGGACAUCAGGAGGAGGAAAAUUGAUAAUUGGCAAGUUUGCUGGUAUUUAUUUGUUUACCAACUUUUUAAUGUCAAUGUAACUUUUGUUUCAGUACAAUCAUCUUUUAUUAAUUCAUAUUGAUAUGUCUAUCCACCCACAUGGUACCAACAUUCAGAAAGCCUCGUAAUUUCAAAUUGUGUAGUCAGCAAUGUUUUAUCAGCCAAAUAUGUCAAGUUCAAGAUGUGCACUUGCUGCGUGCAGACUGAAUAUUACUCCAAGGCUUUACUCUCUUGUUGUGGUGGUUGGAGACGGCACUGAAUGUUGAAGAUACCCUGUGGAGUUUUUGACCACUAGUAGUGCUAUGAAGCAAUGUUUGAUAAGCAGGUCCCCAUUGUAUUUUUGAACGCAGAGGGUGGAAACGCAAAUUAGUAGUGCAUACAAGGCAUUAAAAAAUAAACAAAAGGAUAACGGGUAAAACUAUCCCCCCAGGAACAGUGCUGGGGGGGGGGUUGUUAUAGUGGGCACAGUUGGAAUUGCAACAAGAUGCCGCAAACACUCUUAAAUGGCUCUUAUGAUCACAUUUUGAUACCUUGGUCCAACAAAAAUAAGACUCGUUGAACAUUUUAUUAUUUUUCAGCCAACAAGGAUUCUAAUGUGAAAGUGCAAUGGAUCCAAAAAUAUGGAAACCUGAAGAACUUUUUUUCUGUAAAUGCUCAAGGUGAGCAACUUUCAUUGGAAUGAAUGGGAUGCUAGCUUGGAACACAGUAUUCAAUUUACUUAAUAUAUUUAUGGAUGAAGAGGCGUAUCAUGUCAACUGAAGAUGGUGAAGCAGCAGUCAGACCAAAGAAACCAGUCUGUCCAUGUCCAUCAAACAAAAAAGGGAUAUAAGACGACUUGUGGUUUCAUGGUAUUACACUGGAUGGUUGGUGGCUUUAACAUCGCAAGCAACUUUGCCAUGUUACAGCAAAAGGUGACAAAGAAGACUACUGAUUCAUGUAUGUAUAGAUAUAUGGAAAAAAUACAUUUUUCAGAAUAUUCAAACGUCUGCUUUGCAAGUGUUUUAUGGACAGGAAAAUGCAUUCAACACAUAUUUGUUGGACCUCAAGGAUGCAUUCAGUGUACAUUGAUGAGAAACACUGACUGUAAACUGAAACUGUGUUUACACCAAAACUCCACAGGGUACCUUUAAGGAAUAGGAAAAGCAAAACUCAGUCAUGUGCUCUCCAAAUUCAGCAUUUCAUGCUUCAUUACCUUUGACUGUUCUUAGGGCAUCACUGUGACAUAAUUAGCCGAAAAUGAUAACACCCUUUUCAGGAUUUUCGGUUUCACCACUGUAGAUUUUUUCAUUAUGCAUUACAGCUUAGUAGAUUUGUCACUAAGUUGCAAAAUUUGCUUUUGGCAGAGUUUAUGGUGCCAUUUACACAAGUUCCUUCCUAAUGUGACCUAGAAAAGUAUUUCAAGAGUAGACAGUAGACAAUUCCAACAUCAUGGGUCAAUGUCUUUAACAAUAUGCUGCCUGUUAAGCCUUUUACAUUAUGUAAUUUAUAUAUUUUAUUUUUUUGUUUUGAUAUAGUCUUGUUUCUCCAUCUGAAACAUUGACUUGUUUUGUCAUUCAAAGGGAUUUGACUUUAUAAACAAUAAUUACUGUUAAUUUUAAUAAUUGGAUGGGUUGUUUGCCAUGAGUUUUACAAAAUGAUCUAAUAUUCAUGAUAAUAGCCUUAAAUUAAAGGUAAGCUUACUUGAAGUCGCA